CAUCAGUUUAUGUGGAUGCCCUUCCUCCCAGCGCCCACACCCCCUCCUGGCCGCCCUGCGUCACCUCCAUCCCGGCUGCUGGAUGGGGAGGGAGUGGGCAGUUCACGGUUUCAUUUGUGGCGUCACUUUCUCCAUCUCCCUCCUUUCUCCCCGAGCCUCCGAGCCUGUCGGUGCACGGUUGCAGCUCCAGCUUGUAUCUACCUGUGCAGAGCAUCCAGCCGCUUCCCCCCCUGCCCGGACAGACGCACUGCAGCACGCAGAGAGGAGCUGACGGAACAUACUUGUACCCAGCAGUCAGGCCGUCCUGCUCCAGCUGAAAUGCUGCGGACACCAACCAGAUAUGUCCAGAUCCUUCCAGUCAUCUGUGCAGUUUCCCAUCUCACCCUGGCCUUCCCCAUCCAAACGCCAUCAGCUCAUGAUGACGUGCGGCAGCUGAAGCUGGACAUCCCCCACUCAGGUCCAAUUCAUGUCCCUCUGGGCAGCUCCAUCUCCAUCCCUUGCUUUGUGUCUCUGUCCUCCUCCUCUUCGUCGUCCCCGUCUGUCAUCCCCCGGGUGAAGUGGACAGUUGUGUCCGGUGGGAUUGAGACACAGAUCUUGGUAGCGCGGAGUUCAAGGGUGAAGAUCAACGAAGCGUACCGCGACCGUGUGGCGCUGCUGAACUACACGUCCUCCCCUGAAGAUGUGUCUCUGUGGUUAGGCGACCUGCGCCACAGCGACUCCGGUCACUAUCGCUGCGAGGUGCAGCAGGGACUGGAAGACGCCAGCAAAGUCGUACAAGUCAAAGUCAAAGGUGUGGUGUUCCACUAUCGAGAUGCUUUGGGUCGGUACUCGUUCUCCUUCCAGCAGGCCCAGAGGGCUUGUGAAGGCAUCGGUGCUCAGGUCGCCACACCCGACCAGCUGCUUGCAGCUUAUUUUGAUGGAUAUGAGCAAUGCGACGCAGGUUGGCUGGCGGACCAAUCUGUCAGGUAUCCAAUCCAAGUGCCCCGUGAAGGUUGCUAUGGAGACAUGGACGGACAGCCAGGAGUGAGGAACUAUGGGACGAUGGAUCCAGAUGAUCUCUUUGACGUCUAUUGCUACAUAGAGCAAAUUCAUGGAAAGGUCUUCUAUGACCCCGUCCCUCAGCAGUUGUCAUUUGACGAAGCCCAGUCAUAUUGCGGAGCUGCGGGAGCACAACUGGCUACAACCGCACAGCUGUACUCAGCGUGGAGCGAAGGGUUGGACCGCUGCAGUCCAGGUUGGCUGUCUGACGGCAGCGUGCGCUACCCCAUCGUAAUCCCAAGAGAGCGCUGUGGUGGCCCACAAGCAGGCGUCAAAACUCUCUACCGCUUCAGCAACCAGACCGGUUUCCCAGAGCCGUCUGCCCUGCAUGAUGUCUAUUGUUUCAAAGCAGGACAUGGAGAAACUUUUACUGAGUCUCCAGUGGAUCAUCUGAUCACAGAAGCUGAAAACUUACAAGAAAAUGUUGUUAUUCUAAUGGAACGAGAACAAGAAAUUCAUCUUAAUCAACUGGAGAAGCAAGUGGAACGAGAAGCACAAAGCGAACUGGAGUCUUUACCUCUGUUGCCCGAGUCUUUAACUACAGAAGAUCCACUCGAUAGAAACCAAACGGUCACCUCAGAUAGAGCAGAAUCUUUCCCCACUGCAGCUUACGCUUCGGGCUUCGUUAAAACACUAAAUGAAAGCACAGAAAAACGUUACGACUCCCAGCAUCUUACAGAGGCAGCUGUCAGCACAAUCAGCACAACGAACACCUUUGAUUCAACACAAAGCACAAUGAUUCCUCCUGGUGAUUACAACGGGACAGACUUACACCGGAACCUGAGCUUCACCUUUCACACAUCGGAGUUUGAGAGAAGCACAUACAAACCGCAGACGGAGAACCAGACAGCAUCAGACACAAACUCUACUGAGUCUCUACAAUCAACUGAACAGACAAUCCAGUACCAAGAAAUUCACGAGACCAGUUUGGACAAAUCUCACACCAAUUACAGCGAAACCAAGAACAACCGUACAGACGUAGAUGUAGAGGAAGCGUUUUGGGAGGGGACAACUUUGGCGGCUGGUCCAUUGCUUCAGGUAAAGUUGGAAGAUGCAACUACAGAGGAUCCUGUACAGAUGGACACGACUCAGGCGUCCCAAGAUAAAGGAUCUCCAGCCACACAAGAAACUCCAACUACUAAACUAACCAGUGAGGCCUACUCAGUAUGGACUCCCAGUGAUGGAUCCGGAGAUAUUUCCCAAGAGAGAGAAUUUGAAACGGAAGCAGCCACCUUCACAUCCUCGUCUCAAUCCUCUGCAGCUGGAUUCACCGCUAAACCGGUGGGUUCUGCGGUGGCUAGCACCACACCUCAGAGGGAAGCUCCCGAUCCAACCCUCUCUUCUGUGUCACGCCAUGUGGACAAAUUGGAUUUUGAAAUCCACACCACGACAUCAGACUUGUGGGAACUCACUAUUUCUAGACAGGAAGGAAGUACAAGCUCAGACACAGAAGAGGAUGAUGCAACUCAGGCUCCUGAACAGGUAGUUUCUGGAGUAAGUUUACCUAUGACUGAAUCUCCAGAGGACUUCAAUGUCUCUCAUUCACCAUCUGAAUUUGCAGCGGAACAGUAUCAGACAUUAGGCAGCUCUUAUGAAGAAGCAAGUGGAUCUGAACUUGGAACAGUUACUUCCAUCUUUCAGGAAGGUAUUAAAGUUGCAUCGCCUUUUGAGAAAACUUUUAUAGUUUUCCCAACCCCUGGCAAGGAAGAGAACAAGUCGACUUCAAUUGAAGAAGAAGCUAAAUUUUCCUCAACUGCUGUGCCUAAAGAAGAAGCUAAUGCUAGCCAAAGCACUGAAAAAAUUGCCCCAACAUUUGUUCUUGAAGUAGAAACCAAAGUUACACCAACUGUUAUCCUAGUAGAAGAAGCUAAAGUUAGCCCAACAUUUGGUCUUGAAGACAUUAAAGUUGUCCCAAUUCUAGUUGCUGAAGAAGAACCUAAAGGAACCCCAACAACUGCUCUUGGAGAAGAUGUUAAAAUAACCCCAACAGCUGCUCUUGAAGAAGACACUAUAAUUGCAUCAACCCCAGUUUUUGAAGGAGUAACUAAAGCUGAUCCAAAUGUUGCAGAAGAAGCUAAUGUUACAACAACUCUGGUUUCUGAAGAAAAAGCUCGUGUUGACCCAACUGUUGUCCUAGAUGAAGAGACUAAAGUUAGCCCAACUAUGGUCCUUGAAGAAAUGAAAGUAGCUCCAGUUCUGGUUGCUGAAGAGGACACUAAUGUUGAACCAACAGUUGCAGAAGAAUCUAAAGUUCACCUGACUUUUGUUCCUAAAGAAGAAGCUCAUGUUGAGCCAACUUUUGUCCCAAUAGAAGAAUCUGAAGUUAGCCCAACAUCGGUUGUUGAAGAAAAUAAAGUUGUGCCAGCUCUGGUUGUUGAAGAAGAAGCCAAUGUUGACCCAACUGUUGUCCCAGUAGAAGAAGCUAAAGUUAUCCCAACAUUGGUUGUUGAAGAAAAUAAAGUUGUGCCAGCUCUGGUUGUUGAAGAAGAAGCCAAUGUUGACCCAACUGUUGUCCCAGUAGAAGAAGCUAAAGUUAUCCCAACAUUGGUUGUUGGAGAAAAUAAAGUCGACACAACAGCUGCUUUUGAAGAAGACUCUAAAACUGCAUCAACCCCUGCCGCUGAAGAAGAAUCUAAAGUUGACCCAGAAAUUACAGGAGAAACUUCAAGUUCCCCAAUUUUGGGUCUUGAGGAAGAGGCUGAUGUUGACCCAACUCCAGUCUUUGGAGUUGUCAUUGAUGAAGAAUCCACAGUUACCCCAAACAUAACUUUUGAAGAAAAGGCUAAAUUUGACUCAACUCUGGUUCUUGAAGAAGAAGCUAGUUUUACACCAAGUGUUAAGGAAGAAGCUCAAGUUGACCCCACUUUGAUUUAUGAGGAAAGUAAAUCUACCCAAAUCCCUCUCCAGGAGAAAGAAGUCAAUGUCCUAAAGUUUGAAAAUUCAGAGGAAAUUACUAAUCUCUCUGGUGCCCCUGAAGAAGACUCCAAAGUAACCCCAACCUUUGUGACUGAUGAACUUAAAGUUAUUCCAAUCCUUGUUUUCGAAGAGGAAACUGAUGUUGCACCAACCCUUGAGGACUUUACAAUCUUUCCUGUGAGUACUCAAACAUCUAAGUGGAGUCUGUUGACUACCACAACUGGACCUCAGGAGCAUCUGGAUAGUGUAAAGAUUAGUCAGAAACCCCCCUUCAUGCCAGUGUCCAAGCCCUCAAUGAAUACCAAGUCCAUGUCUUCUGCCCCUACCAUUUCUACCCCAACAUAUGUGCCCCAGCGCACCUGGAGCCCAAGAACCACAAGACCUCACACUUUCCAUAAGACAACAGAAACCCAGAAGGUGAACCAUUUCAUGCCACCAUUGGAUCACGGUGUGGUUGAUCUUGACAUUAGCCUCACCCAGCCACCCACCCUGCAUAACUUGCCCAAAGAGAGGGCAGCUGUAGGUGGUACAGGGGCAUUUUCAGAUGCCUGUUUGGACGAUCCCUGUCUCAAUGGAGGGACCUGCACUGAGCGGGACGGACACAUUAAAUGUCUCUGUUUGCCGACAUACGGAGGAAGGUUCUGUCAGAGCGACUUGGAGCGAUGUGAACCAGGCUGGGAUAAAUUUCACGGUUUCUGCUAUCGACACUUCAGCCAGCGCCAGAGCUGGGAGGUGGCAGAGAGGCACUGCCGCACGCAAGGAGCUCAUCUGGUGUCCAUCAUGACCCCAGAGGAGCAGGACUACAUCAACAGUAACUACAAGGAAUACCAGUGGACUGGUCUGAACGAUAAGACAGUUGAGGACGAUUUUCGUUGGUCUGACGGAAACCCACUGCUGUAUGAGAACUGGUACAGAGGGCAGCCUGACAGCUACUUCCUGUCUGGAGAAGACUGCGUGGUGAUGGUGUGGCACGAUAACGGCCGCUGGAGUGACGUACCCUGCAACUACCACCUGGCAUACACCUGCAAGAAAGGCACCUCCUCCUGUGGCCCGCCACCAAAAGUCCGGAAUGCGUCCAUAUUUGGAAAAACGCGAGUGAGAUAUGAGACCAAUGCAGUUGUGCGGUAUCGCUGCUCAGAGGGCUUCCAGCAGAGACUGAACCCUGUGGUCAGGUGUCUGUCAGGAGGCCGAUGGGAGAGACCUCAAAUCCUCUGCAUCCCUGAAGGUGGAGAAAUUAUGCAGCACCUUGGCAUGUUGUCGCAAACCGACAGCAACUUUUCAGCAGCUGAAACUGAAUUUGAAGCCACUAAAGAGACACCACAGUACUGGGACAUCAAGUUUUAACACCUUAAAAAUACAGUUUGGUUACGGUACCAUGACAAAAUGUAAAUUAUCUUGAAUAAUGAACCACAAAAACAAAAAAUGAUGGAAAAUUAUUCAAAUUUGCUUCAGAUAAGAAUGUGCAUCCAUGAUUAUGGAUAUUGUAAACUCAUCAUAUGGAAUUUAAUUACCCCCAAAUUAGGCCUGAUCUUUAAAUAUUUCCUAACAAUUGUUCUUGUUGUGGUUUUUGCUAUGUUUAGGGUCUUUUCACACAAUGGUGCUAAGCUUUUAAGACACUUUUGCAGAGUUAGAUUUUUAUUGUGUCAUGUUCCUACUUUAUCAAAGAUCCUGACACCUCUAAGUGAGUCAUCAGAUACCAAGAAAUGUUGUAUAUGUUGGUUUUCACAGCUGAAAUUACCGUCCACGUUUUUUUUUUCCAACAGAAAACUUUAAGAUCAAACAGACACAGUUUUGUUCGGUGGCUUUAUGUUGUAAUAAAGUUUUGUAGAACAGAGCCAAGAAUAAAUCAGUCUAUUUUACUCUCA